GACAAAUUGCCCUCAUCAUUAUCUCUGGGCUUGUCAAUCAAACAUAUUCCCUUAUUUACCUCGGCGAGGAGAGAGCCCCGGGAGCACACGGAGAGGGAGGGAGCKAGAGGAGAGCUGCUUGCCCCAAACUCCGCACCGGGGAGGGAGCAUUUCCAGCCCCUCGGGAUGGCCACCAUCACCUGCAAUCGCUUCACUGAGGAGUACCAGCUCUUUGAGGAACUGGGCAAAGGCGCYUUCUCCAUCGUCCGGAGAUGCGUGAAGGUGCUGGCAGGACAAGAGUAUGCAGCCAAGAUCAUCAAUACCAAGAAGCUCUCUGCUCGAGAUCACCAGAAGCUGGAACGAGAAGCCCGGAUCUGCCGUCUCCUGAAGCACCCCAACAUUGUGAGGCUCCAYGACAGCAUCUCUGAAGAGGGCCACCACUACCUGAUAUUUGACCUGGUCACCGGUGGGGAGCUGUUUGAGGACAUUGUGGCCAGGGAGUACUACAGUGAAGCGGAUGCCAGCCACUGCAUCCAGCAGAUCCUGGAGGCCGUCCUGCACUGCCACCAGAUGGGGGUGGUUCACCGGGAUCUGAAGCCCGAGAACCUGCUGUUGGCAUCCAAGCUGAAGGGUGCUGCCGUCAAGCUGGCUGACUUUGGCCUCGCCAUCGAGGUGGAGGGGGACCAGCAAGCRUGGUUUGGUUUCGCCGGCACCCCAGGAUACCUCUCCCCCGAGGUGCUCCGGAAGGAYCCCUAUGGCAAAGCCGUGGAUCUGUGGGCUUGUGGUGUCAUCCUUUACAUCCUGCUGGUUGGGUACCCACCCUUUUGGGAUGAAGACCAACACCGACUGUACCAGCAGAUCAAGGCUGGGGCUUACGAUUUCCCCUCCCCUGAGUGGGACACAGUCACUCCUGAAGCGAAAGAUCUCAUCAACAAGAUGUUGACCAUAAACCCAUCCAAGCGCAUCACAGCAGCAGAGGCUCUGAAGCACCCCUGGAUAUCGCACCGUGCCACUGUGGCGUCAUGCAUGCACAGGCAGGAGACGGUGGAUUGUCUGAAGAAAUUCAAUGCCCGGAGGAAGCUGAAGGGAGCCAUCCUCACCACCAUGCUGGCCACCAGGAACUUCUCCGGAGGCAAAAGUGGUGGCAACAAGAAGAAUGACGGCGUGAAGGAAUCGUCGGAGAGCACCAACACCACCAUCGAGGACGAAGACACCAAAGUACGGAAACAAGAAAUCAUCAAAGUCACAGAGCAGCUGAUUGAAGCAAUAAGCAAUGGUGACUUCGARUCCUACACGAAGAUGUGUGACCCCGGGAUGACUGCUUUUGAGCCCGAGGCUCUGGGCAACCUUGUGGAAGGCCUGGAUUUCCACCGAUUCUACUUUGAAAACCUGUGGUCCCGGAACAGCAAGCCCGUGCACACGACGAUCCUGAACCCCCACAUCCACCUGAUGGGAGACGAGUCCGCCUGCAUCGCCUACAUCCGCAUCACGCAGUACGUGGACUCCGGAGGGAUCCCCCGCACUGCCCAGUCCGAGGAGACCCGCAUCUGGCACCGCCGCGAUGGCAAAUGGCAGAUUGUCCACUUCCACAGAUCCGGCGCGCCCUCGGUCCUACCGCAGUAAGCCCUCUGAAGUGUGGCCCUGCCCGUGUUGGGUUUGUCACUGACUGACUACCAAGGGGAGACCCCCUCCGACAUGUUCACCUACGGGACUUUGGCUGUUGGCUCUGCUGCUUGGUUCCCGCUGGAAUAAUCCUCGCUUCUCACCGCACACACAUGAYGGCCCCGCCAGUGCAGCUCAAGCAUCCCAUCAAACCCUCCACCCUGCYGGGGUCGUGGCACUGGGCCCCGCUUCCUCUGCAUGAACCAGAAAAAGAAACCAUGAACUUAAACUCAAGCAUCUGGCCAGUGUACAGGCCCCCCUCGUCGGCUGCAUAGCAUCGGUGGGCCCCCUCACUACCCAGCGCAUCUCCUGAACUGGGCUCAGACUCAUGAUCCACCUCCAUCCCCACCUCUGCUGGAAGCCCACCGAGGAAGAGGGGGGCAGUUUUGAGCCGCUCUCUGCUGCAUCCUCCCUGCGUGCUGGUGGAUUUUGCUUUGCUGCUAUCAAGGUCUCUGUCUGCCGCCAUGACUUCCACCUGCUCCCGACCUGAGUUCCUGCUUCGGCCAGGGAACAGCRAUUCAAUCCAUUUGCAAAGUUCAUUUUUCAUGCAUACCUGGGCAAUGAGGGCCAUGUUUGGAUGGGUGAGUAGAGACUAUCUGUUUAUUUUCCCUUCCCAGUGCAGGCUGGCUCCUUCCCAAGAGGGCAAGUAGGUUUGCACCCUGGCUCCAGGCAGCUGCURUGCCAAGAAGGAUGCUCUCCCUCCUCCCUCCCUUCUCCCUUUGGAGCAGAGACCGGCGAUGCUGGGAGAAGAGAGGAGGAGAAAGACAACUGCUUCCCAAUACCACAGGGGCACAGACAGGAGCUGGGGCUCUCCCAUCUGUGUCYGGGCAGYGGCAUYGCCCCUGUGCCCUCCUCCUCACCCWCCACCCAGCCUGGAUCCUUUACCCCAGCACCCACCUCUGCCCCCCACAUGCAGCACUGGCAUUCCGCUGCUCCUGACUCCCAGGAUGGGAUGGGGGCAGCCAAGCUGGCUGCUGGUUCAGGGCACAAACCUCCAUCGCCCRUGUGAUUCCUUCCAGCGACAACAAGGAAUGCAAGCUUUAGUGACAAACUGCAGAAUCUGRUUGUGCUUCGACGAAAACAAACAAGCCUUUUGCUGUCUUCUCCUUUGAGCGCAUGCCUUUUUAUAGGGAAAAGAAACCAACCUACCGUGUAUUUCGUAACUUGAUUUUGAGUAUUUGCUGAAAUGGAUCUUUAUGUAAUAACUAGAAACAUUCAACUGUUUAAGUGGGGAGGGAGGGGGGAUUUUCGGGGGUUGCUGUUUUUCAUUGCGUUUACAUUUGAAGUGGGGUUGUUCUGCCACGAUGCUCCUMCCAGGGGUCCCACGGCUGCCAGCCCCCUCCUCACACCGUGGUGGCUUUUCCCAUUCUGUCCCACAGCGUUGGGUGGUGAAGGCACCCAUCUCCAGGGGCACCUGUCUCCAGGGGCACCCACAUCCCCACGGCGCCUUCCUGCACCCCAUGGCUCUUCCUGCAGGGCAAACCACAGCGGUGGCUCUGGGAAUGCCACUGGCACGUGGCUUUCAGGACAGAAGACACGGCCGGGAAGGGGAAUGUUGGUCUCACCUCUUUGCCAGCAGGCAGAGGUCUGAGGGUGGGUGUUUUUCYGGCAAUUUUUCCGUUUCACAUUCUGUUUUUUCCGACUGGAGCCUCUCCGCUCUCUGACGUGAGGCUUCUGCAGCGCUGCUGCCCCGGGGUACUUUCUAGCUCCACUCUCUUCGUCUGCAUGGUGUUUAACUUUCUAGACGGUGCGUGUGUUGAAAAACAAAGAAAUGAACAAAAACUGCUCGUUUUGGACCUAAAAAAAAAAAAAAAAAAAA